AUUGCUUGGGGAAAUGACCCAAUGAUGCAAGGAAAGGUCGACACGUGGAGAAGCCGAUGUUCUCGGAGAGCUAUAAUAUUGUUGGUCGCUUCCGUUUCAGCCUUAUUGUUGUAUCAGUUAUUCGUGACUGGAAACACUUUCUUGAGACGACCCAACCAAGCAUCGUCUACAGUUGGUCGUAGUGAUGUGUUUUCUCUUUAUUGUCAAUUGAAUGGUGUUGGUAAUAGAGUGAUGGUUGGAUUACCUGUUUGUAAGCUGGAAUAUAUGAAUGUCUCAUUAACUUUGUGGAACAAGUACAAAGAAGAAGACAAUUUGUAUUUACUUGUAGACAGACAACUACGAAACCAACUCGGUAUUUUCUAUUCUAAUGACCAAAAGAAAGAUAAGAGUUCGAGUCGUAUGGUUGAAGUAGACUGCAACGAUUGGGAGAUAUUGAAUAGUACAUUAUCAGCUUGUCGACAACUAGAGGAUAACUUCGCAACCAUGUUGAAAAAUGGAAUAGAUGAGAUUUGGAUAUGGAAUGUUGAGAAUGUCAUUCUUCUACAUUCACCCGCGUUGUUAGUAAAAAAGAUUCGAAAGACACCACAACUUGUAGAAGAGUCUUCUAUCUGGAAAAGACAUAUCGAUUCCGGUUAUUCUGCACUAGUCGAUACGAAUGAUGGUCAUUCGAGAUGGCUCAAUCCUCUAGUGACUACUUUGAAGAUGGACAAUGCUAGUCGAUAUAUAGUUGAAGGAUUUGUCGUACAAGCUUUGGUUGUUCACAGUUAUGUCAAACAUUGGAAUAUGUUUUAUUCACAACGCAUGAAAAACUUGUCAUGGAUAGAUGCACAAAUAGCUUACAUAUAUAGACAGUUGAUAACGGAACAAAAUAAUGAUACCUUCGACAAUCAAGAAUUUCAAACUAAAAUAUGCAGUCAGCAGUUUGUUCAGCAGGCAAGAAUUCUGAUAAAGCCUCAUCGAUAUUCUAUUCAGGAUCGUUUUACCGUUCUCCUAUCCACUUUCAAUAGAGAACAGUUGGUUCAAAGACUUGUUAGACAUUAUCAAGAGAAUCCUAGGGUUCAUCGUAUAUUUGUAUUGUGGCACAAUCCAUUAAAGCAACCUUCCGAGGAGUUGUUGACUGCAUUGGAUGAGAACAAAACUUCUAUCGUCGCGAUGCCUUUUGAUUCUCUCAACAACAGGUUUUUGCCAUUGGAAGGAAUAGAAACAAAGGCUGUGUUGAUAUGCGAUGAUGACAUGUUUAUCGAUCAUGAGGAUAUCCUUUAUGCUUUUCAGAUAUGGAACGAUUCCUCAGAGUCACUCACUGGAUUUUUUCCUAGAGCGCAUAGAAAUAUUCGUGAGAAUGAAUAUGAAUAUGUGACCCAUAUUCCUACGGAUUCUACUCAGAACAAAUAUUCCAUUAUGCUUACCAAAAUAGAGUUUAUGAAAAGUGAAUAUUUAUUUUGGUAUUAUUGCGCGUUUGAUAGAAGAGUUCUCCAGUGGAUUCGUGACAACAAGAAUUGUGAAGACAUUGCUAUGCAAAUGAUGGUUUCCGGUUUGACUGGAGCACCUCCCAUUCAUGUUGAAGCUAAACAUAUUAUUGGAGACUAUGGUCAACAAGCCCCUGUUGGAGAACAAGAACCAAUUAGCUUCAAGCCGAAUCAUUAUACAUUGAGAGGAGAGUGCAUCGGUAUCUUUUCCAACAUGGCUUUUCAACAACACGCUUUGAUUUACAUUUUAAUCGUUUCGUCUUUUGUGGUGUGUCCGUCACUUGACACUUGGAUUGUUUGUAACACCAACUUGAACAAUAUGACGAGAGGUAAUCAACGUGAGGUGGAUCGACAACGUGCACAAAAGAGAGCAGAAAAGCAUAAAAGGCAAACUGCUAGCAAAGAAGAAAAAGAAAACCCUGUGUUGAAAAAAGAGCGAGAUGCCGAAAUUAUGCGCCAGAAACAAGCCGCAUCCAAAGCAAAGGAACAAAAUGAAACCAAAGUUUGAAAAGUUGUUCUUUCUCUCACUUAAUUUUUUUACUGAACUGGACAGUUAUUCGAAGAGAUUGUUUCUGCAAAUAAAGACUUGUGGGUUUGUUUGCAAUAGGAAAUCAACAAGUGACUAGACUGCGAACAAUACCGAAACAAAAACCUCUCCACGGCAGUUCCAAGCUUAUACACUCCGCAGUUGACAUGAUUCCACUUGCGUUCAGUUGCUUCCAAGCUUGAGUAGGGUUGUAACAAAACGAACCGGGUCUCUCACAAGGUCCUCUUAAAACAGCAUCGUCUACAAUAACGAUAGAGCCAGAUACUACCAUUCUUUUGGAAUUCGCAAUAUCUUGAAAAGGAAGUUCACCAUAAUGUUGACCAUCGACAUGAAAAAUAUCACAAUGCAUCCAAGGAUGUUGAUUGGCAUAUUCCCAAACAGUCGUCUCCGAUGAACCAUAAUAUAAUUCUAUUCGAUGUUCACCAAAGUGUCUCUUUAAGUAGUUCACACAACGUUGGGUAUAAUUGUGAAUUCCUUUAUCGAAACCAAUGUAAGUUGAAUUGGGCAAUGCGCUUAACCAAGUGACAGCUGCAUGACCUGCGUUGAA